GCAAAUGCUACGCUGUUGUAUACCAUGUGUUGAUUAUUUUCUCCAAUAAACGUCAAAAACGCUGUAACUCUCAUAAUGAAUGUCAAGAAUGAGAUGAGCAUUGAUAUCAAGAUACCUUUUCCAUCUGAGCGCUGUGCUGAGAUAGCUUACAGAUCUCUAAAUGUGGACCAGGAGCCAAAGAGGGGUGGUGUAAAAAGAACUUUGGUGUUUGCUGAGAACAUGUUGCAUGUACAUUUCGAGGCCAGCGAAGCACGAAAGCUUCGGGUGAGCGUCAACUCCUUCAUGGACCAUGUUAUUUUGGUUACCAAUACAAUGGACCAGUUUGGACCACCACCAUAGAGUGAAUCUACAGAUUCUUUACAUGAUGAGGAAAACCCUGCAAUGCAUGAGACCUGUUCAAGCAACUAGUCUUUGGCAUUGUUUAUGUAUCCAUGGAUUCUGUUUGUGGAAAGCAGAUAUGACAAUGUUGUCACAGUGAUAUUUCUUUUACUGGGAAUGGCUGUACAAUCUGAAUGGUCUGACACUGGUGUGAAAAUGUUGCCCAGGGGCCUAAUUCACAAAGCUCUCUUAGGCUCUGCUAGACAACAAAGCAUCGUUUUUUUGCAGGUCUUUUUGCAAUGCCUGCGAUAUCACAAAGUUGCGAGAGUUUAGUGAAUUGGGUCCCAGGGCCCCAUUCCACGAAGCGAUCUUAGCCCUACUAUUGUCGUAAAUACCUACCAUCGAGACCUUAAAUUUUUACGAUGUGGCGUAGCUUACUAUUGUAAAUUACAGUGAAAAUUUACAAUUGGUACGAGGAAGUUGUAAGCCACUAACGUAGCUGUCAAAUGGCAGUUAGAUGAUGAUUUGAUAAUUUUCUAAGAAGGAUUCUAACUCUUUGUGUAAAAAUGGAUCUAAUAUAUACCAAAUACCUUUUAUGAAACUCUGUGAUCCAUGAAAAACAGUCUAGGCCUAACGACCUUCACACAAAAAUAAGGGAGAUAAUUCUCAUGUCUUAUGCAUUCUGCAAUUAUCGCUUACCGAAUAAAUUGACAAAGUUACUUCAUGAUUGUCCCAUACCAAUGAAUACAUCCAACAUGUUCCAAAAAGUCUGUAAACAAUUUAUUACUUAACUAAUUUGCACUUCUUUGCAAAGAAUCUAUUAAUAAUUAAAGGGGCACUUACAACUACCAUAAGGUUGCUUUGUGGAACGACUGUAAAGUUUACGGUACCAGUUGUAAAACUCACCUUAAAUCACUACAAUUAACCUUAGCUACAAUUAGUUCAUGGUACGGGACCCAGAUCUGCAAUGUUGUUACGAGAGAAUGUCUGUUAAAGUAUGACACUGGUAUAAAAAUACUGCAUGAAUUAUGAAAAUGUUAUUUAGAAGAGAAUGAUUUGACACUGGUAUGAGAAUACUGUCAUGACUUCAAGUGGUGUUAAUAGAGAAUUCAAUGCUUAUAAAAACAGAAUGGUGUGCCACCAGUAUGAAAAUACUGCCAUGACUUCGAGUGAUGUUCAGAGAGAAUGCCUGUAAAAACAGAAUGGUGUGCCACCAGUAUGAAAAUACUGCCAUGACUUCGAGUGAUGUUCAGAGAGAAUGGCUGUAAAACAGAAUGGUGUGCCACCAGUAUGAAAAUACUGCCAUGACUACGAGUGAUGUUCAGAGAGAAUGGCUGUAAAACAGAAUGGUGUGCCACCAGUAUGAAAAUAUUGCCAUGACUUCGAGUGAUGUUCAGAGAGAAUGGCUCUAAAAACAGAAUGGUGCAACACUAUUAUAAAAAUACUUUCCUGUAGUGGUAUUAGGAGAGGUCGGCUGUAACACAGAAUGUUGUGACACUAGUAUGAAACAAUUGCAGGUGAACUGUAGUGGUGUUUGAACAGAAUACCUUUUUGGGGGGUUUACAUUUUUUUCAGGUAAAGAUAAUUAGCAAAAUACAUGUACUGGUAAUGCAAAAUGCACUAUAUUACACAAAUGGAUCCAGUUUAAGGUCAAUCUUAGUACCUGCAGACCACCAAUAUUAAAAUACAUGUACUAGCAAUGCAAAAUGCACUAUAUUACACAAAUGGAUCCAGUUUAAGGUCAGUCUUAGUACCUGCAGACCACCAAUAUUAAAAUACAUGUACUAGCAAUGCAAAAUGCACUAUAUUACACAAAUGGAUCCAGUUUACGGUCAGUCUUAGUACCUGCAGACCACCAGUAUUAAAAUUUCCAGAUAUUUUUGUGUAAUCCACCUUCAUCUGUGAUAAAUAUAUCAGUAUAUUAUGUACAUGGGAAUAUAUUUUACAAGAAAUGGAUAAUUCAGUUAAAUACAAAAUAACUUUAUUACAAAGCAGAAAUGAAGGCUAUAUGAUAACUGAGAACUGCCAAAAUAAUCUUGCCAUCAUUUACCAUAUUAUCGACUGACAUCCAAUAGCCAAUGAUUAAUUAAUCAAUGUACUCUAAUGAUGUCGUUAAACAAAACAAACUUUCAUUUACCAUCGAUGUCCCAAACUGAGUUCAGAUAUUGAUAAAAACACGAAUACGAUACUUAUGGAAAUAGUAUUCCAUAUUUUUCAGUUACCGUACAUGAAAUAAAAUAUAUUCCAAACUGUUAACAAAAAAAUCAACAAUGUGGACCUAAAACAAAUCCAUUCUAGUAAACAAAAGUGUAACACCAUCCAGUAAACAGAACAGUAUUUUUAAUUUAAAUUGGUUUCUAACUGCGUUAAGGCACAUUCAUUUGGAAAAAUACAUUCUUCACGCAUGUACAUGCAGUUCAUCAUUUUUAAUUUUUAAAGCCACUACAUGAAAAAAUACACGUUUCUGAAAUAUGAAUAGCAGACAAACACUUUGAUUAAUUUUUUUUAAAAAGGAAAAAUACAAUUUGUCAAGAGCAGUCAGUUCAGCUCUUUUCCCUCCAUGAUCGCGAACAGUACUUGAUGUCAAUACAGAUAGGUAAUACGUUCAUACCAAUGAAUAGUUUUGUAAAAUAUACAUUUUCUAAUUAACUGUUUCAUAAUUAAAAUAAUUUAUGCAGAGUUAUUUUAAUAUAUUUAAACUACACUGUCAUAUUUUAUUAACACAAUUUGGCUUAUAUAAUUGUUUUCACCACUGAAAAAUUCCCACAAAUCUUAUAUAUAAACUAUUAUAUAUCCCUACCCCUUACUAUUUUCUUAACGUGUAAUGCAAAAUGCAAUGACACUGUCUUGUCUAAUUAUCACCUUUUAUAACAUAAUAAAAUGAAUAUAACUCUA